AUUUGUGUACAAUACAUUUAAUUUUGUGUUGUCGGUAUAAAUUAAAGGCAUAUUAUUGUAUAAAAUAACUAAAUUAGUUGUUAAUAACUACACUCAUUUGAUUAUUUCAUAGGGGAUGUUAGUAUUGUUUGAACAGUCGUAGUGUGAACAUGUACGCCGGUCGCUCCCAAAAAAUUUAACAAAAUUACGAUAUUUGUUCAUAAUUUAUCAAGUUUUUCGUGUUUUUCAAGCAUUAUUAUCUUACAGCUAAUAAAAUAUGAUGAAUAUUUCGCGGAUUUUAGUAAAAAUUGUGAAAAAAAUGUCGCGGUGAAAAAGUGAGAGAGUCUCGUGGCCAUUGAUAAAAGGGAGAAAAAAAAAUUUUUAUUUUGCGCAAUAGAGGCCGGUUAAUUUUUAUUUUUUUCUUUCAAUAUCUAUAUAAAUAAAAGUUGAAAUUAAUUAUUCCGUUUAUGAAAAUCGAUGAUUUGUGAAUUAUUGAGAACAUUCGUGUGUGUAUAAAAGUGACCUUUUCUGUGGACAAUUGAUCAAAGCUGAAUCGUUAUCGACGUGGGAAGUGAAGAAAUACUGGAAUUCCAGAGAGCUGAGGAGAACCACGAGAUUGUCACGAGGAGAAAAAGUGUCCUAGAAGUCCAGAGUAACAGGAAGUAAAACGACGGAUAAACAUCCGUCGUGAGAAACGAUGGCGGCCGCGAGUUUUCCACCCAACUUUCCCAACGUCGGUGUCGUGGAAAACUGUGCCGGCAUGGAGGCAGCCGCAGCUGCAGCGGCUGCUGCUGCAGCAGCCAAUGGUACGGCAAUAGAGCACGAGUUCCACAACAAUUUGGUGCCAAUAAAUGGUAGUCAUUCGAGUAGCUCAGGACGGAGCACACCAAAUGGUACAGAUCCGGCCCCUGGGAAAUUAUUCGUUGGUGGUCUAUCCUGGCAAACGAGCAGCGAGAAACUACGGGAGUAUUUUGGCAUGUUCGGAACAGUAACCGACGUGCUCAUCAUGAAGGACCCAGUAACACAGAGAAGUCGCGGUUUCGGCUUUAUAACCUUCGCGGAGCCGGGAAGUGUCGACAAGGUCCUCAAGUGCCCAAUCCACACACUAGAUGGGAAGAAGAUUGAUCCAAAACACGCAACGCCGAAGAAUCGUGCAAAACAGGCGAAUCGCACCAAAAAGAUAUUUGUCGGUGGUGUGAGUCAGGACACAAGCAGUGACGAAGUCAAGGCGUACUUCAAUCAGUUCGGCAAGGUCGAGGAGACUGUCAUGCUCAUGGAUCAGCAAACCAAGAGGCACCGAGGUUUUGGCUUUGUCACAUUCGAAAAUGAGGAUGUCGUCGACAGGGUAUGUGAAAUACACUUCCACACAAUCAAGAAUAAAAAAGUCGAGUGCAAAAAGGCUCAACCUAAGGAGGCAGUACAACCGGGAGCAUUGGCUCUUGGGAAGAGGGUCGUUCUUGGCGCGCUUGGAGUUCGUCUUGCGCCACAGCCAACAUUACCAGUUGGCGCAGCGACCGCUUCGCAAAUCGUCGCUCACGCUCAAGCACAGGCUCAGGUACAGGCGGCGGCCGCAGCUGCUGCAGCGGCUCAAGUACAAAAUGCAGUUGCCGGCUAUGGUAAAUUAUUCGCUGGCGCAUAUCCAGCAGCGGCGGCCCUCUCGGCCUAUAGAUACGCGCCCUAUCCAAUUCCAGCGUCUGCGGCAGCUGCCGCCGCUGCUGUUGCGGCAGCAGCUGCAGCAGCGCCCGGUCAAGCACCGCCACUACCACCAAAUGGUGUGCCCCCAGGUGCGGCGGCUCAAAAUUCUCAAGCUGCAGCCGCGGCCGCCGCUGCAGCGGCAGCAGGCCCACCACCCAAUCCCUAUCAAGGAUACUCGCUCACGAAUGUCGAUAUGUCGAGCUUCCAAGGCGUCGACUGGGGUUCCAUGUACGGCAUGGGCAUGUACGUUUAGACCCACCACGGAGGAUCAUGUUGCAGAUCUCAGCCGAACGAUCCGGCCAAACCGCGAUCUAGCAUCCUCGAAGCCAAAUUCAAUUCCUCCCCAAUCGUCUUUCCCUCUUUUAGUCCCCUAUCCCCAUUUCUAACUUAUU